AUGAGGAAAGAGAUGUUUUGCGUCUCCUCUUCCGCGAUCGUGUUUCGCGGCGUCACCUCGUCGGUAGUCAAGGGGUGGGUAGGGGCAACGGUGACGGCGACUCGGAUUUGCCGGUGGACGAGGGUUUCACUGACUUGGAGAAGAGCUGGAUUUGUGCAUAAGGAAUCGAAGACUAGGAAGCUUAAUCCAAAACGACGACUAAGUUGGUGCCGGCGGCAGGACUUCUGCAAUAGCGAGAAUUGGGUGAUAGAGCUGCAGUCUUAG